AUGGCGACCGCUGUGGACGAAACUGCAGCAAAUGCUGCUUUAACAAAAACAUUUGACAGUAAAGCCACAGCCGAUCUUGAGAAAGUGACUGAUUAUGAAGAAGAUAAGGAAAUAAGCCCAGUCAAUAUUGGAAAUGUAUGUCUCAUACAGGAGUAAAGAUAGUGUAAUAUAAUUUAUUAUAUAAUAUUUUGGCUGCAUGUGUACAGUAUGUUGCCCAGUUUCCGGACAGACAAUUUUUCACAGACAACUAGCGAUAACAUGUAAAAUGAUACAUUCAGAAGAUUGCCAUACAUGUCAUGAAUUGUGUUUAACAUAUUUGUAGCAACUUCAGUUGUAAAAUACAACACUUAAGUGACUAAUAAAGCCUUCUGACUUUAUCUGACGACUGACAUAUCAUUCUAUAAACAUUCUUGCUUAUUAAACCCUUUAAGUGGCAAUGUGCCCUAAUGCUAGACGCUUUUACUCGUCAAGGGGAAAGUGCUGCUACUCAGUGGGUUAAAACUCCACUAAUAAUUAAAUUGAUUAAUAGGCAAUCUCAUUUGUUGAUGAUACAUAUUCAAAAGAAAAAUCUGUAAAGACUGAACGGUAAAUACUUUGAAACUUUUUUAAGAAUACAAACCUUUUAAAAUUUCUGCUUACUCUUUCUGUAUGUUAUUGUUUAAGUGGGUGGUAAUUUUUUAGAGAAACAGCAAAGAGGAGAAUAAUUAGGGGAAGAUAAAAACAUUUUUUUGUAUAUUUAUAGAGAAAAGGAAUUAUCAAAAGUUGUAAUUAAGAAAGAACAUGUUGAUUUGAUAGUAAGUGUCUUAAAAAUUAACCAUGUGAUUUGGUAACAGAGAAAAGUGGAAAUAGUUUUUAAUUAUUGUGAAAUGGAAGUUGACUUUCAGAUUAAAACUACUCAAUUUGCCAUCUUGGCUUGCUCUUCAUUUAGUUGAGCACAUAAUUAUAUACAGAUCAGUUCUUGAGCCACAAUAUUUCAUAGAACAAUGCCACCAGGGCUUGAAAUUUGAAAUUUUUAGCGCUAUGAUGCUAGUAACUUGAAACCAAAUGCUGAAACAAUGAAGGCAAAACAAGCUUUCAAUUGCCAACAAACAGAGCCACUGGGAAAAGAGUAUGCAAAAUCUGCAAACACAAACACAAACAUGGUGAAUAGUAACACAUGUGACAAAAUAUAAAUAAAAAAUCUGUUUUUGUUUAUUACCCCAGUGGAUACUGCAUUUGUAAGGUUGGUAUCCAAAUUUUAAAUCUGGUAUCCUGAAAAUUUUAACCAUUUUACCAGAUGCGGGAGAUGGAGAUCUCAAAGUCUGCAGCAGAAUGGAGUCUAAGGAGUCAUGGUGGAGAUGUAGUGAAAGCAUUAAUUUCAUUGACAAAUUAA